AUGGCCACCACUGUGAUAGCCCCAAGACACCCCUGCACCUGCAAUCACACUCACCACCACCACCACAAUAACACCCAAGAUGCGACACCACGUCGUUCACCCCAGAAACAAUUCAUAGUUCCCCCGCUCUCGUUCCAGCUUGUCGCAACCGGCGUCUACCGUAGCGGCUACCCUCUCGAGAUCAACUUUCCCAUGCUCGAGCGCCUCUGCCUCAAGACCAUCAUCUACCUCGGCGACCAGGACUACCUCCCUGAGAACCUUGCCUGGUGCUCGUCUCACAACAUCAAGCUGUACCACUACCGUCAGCCUGCCGUUCGUGAGCCUUUUGUCUCCAACGACCCAACCUACAUCAGCGAGGCGCUCACCAUCCUGCUCGACCGCAGGAACCAUCCGGUGCUUGUCCACUCGAAUAAAGGGAAGCACCGGGCUGGGGUGCUAGUCGGGUGCAUGAGGCGGGUGCUGCAGGGAUGGAGUCUUGCAGCAACGCAUGCGGAGUAUGGCAGAUAUGCGGGUGAGAAGGGAGAGGCGGAUUUAGAGUUCAUUGAGCUAUUUAAUCCGGAGCUGACUUACGAAGAGGAGUGGGCGCCGAGGUGGUUAAGGGAAGGACCUGAGAAGGCAACAGAGCUCUCCCUACGGCGAUGCAAACGGAGUAUUAAGAGUUUCAUUAAGCUGUUCCAUCCGGAACUGGAGUAUGAAGAGGAGAGCGGCGAGGAGGUUAAGGGAAAGGCCUGA